AUGCAGGGGCCAGAUCUUGUUCAUCCUGCCAGUUUUCGGCAGCAUCCCUCAGUGCCUGAGGGGCUUUGGCUUCUUGUUCUGGGCAGCGUGGACCAGGGGAAGGUGUCGGUCCCUGCCUCCGGUGGGGAGGGCUCGGUGCAGAACGCAGUCAGGCUGGAUGGCAGCGGCAUGGGGCACCCUAGAUAUUUUAAUCAACUUUCAACUGGAUUGGAUAUGGUUGGAUUGGCAGCAGACUGGCUGACAUCAACAGCAAAUACUAAUAUGUUCACCUAUGAAAUUGCUCCAGUGUUUGUACUUUUGGAAUAUGUCACACUAAGGAAAAUGAGAGAGAUGGUUGGCUGGCCAGGGGGCUGUGGCGAUGGGAUAUUUUCACCUGGUGGUGCCAUAUCUAACAUGUAUGCUAUGUUGAUUGCACGUUUCAAGAUGUUCCCAGAAGUUAAAGAAAAAGGAAUGGCAGCUAUUCCCAGACUGGUUGCCUUCACGUCAGAACAUAGUCACUUUUCUGUGAAGAAAGGAGCUGCGGCCUUGGGUAUUGGUACAGAUAGUGUGAUUCUGAUUAGGUGUGAUGAAAGAGGGAAAAUGAUCCCGUCAGACCUUGAAAGAAGGAUACUUGAAGCCAAACAAAAAGGAUUUGUCCCUUUCCUGGUGAGUGCUACAGCUGGGACGACAGUGUACGGGGCGUUUGAUCCUCUCAUAGCUAUUGCGGACAUCUGCAAGAAGUACAAAAUCUGGAUGCACGUGGAUGGAGCAUGGGGUGGCGGGCUCCUGAUGUCAAGAAAACACAAAUGGAAGUUAAAUGGCGUUGAAAGGGCCAAUUCGGUGACCUGGAACCCUCACAAGAUGAUGGGCGUCCCACUGCAGUGUUCAGCUCUGCUACUGCCUCUCAGAACGGGACUGAUGCAGAGUUGCAAUCAAAUGCAUGCUUCCUACCUCUUUCAACAAGACAAGCACUACGACCUGUCUUACGACACGGGAGACAAGGCUUUGCAAUGUGGACGGCAUGUUGAUGUCUUCAAGCUAUGGCUGAUGUGGAGGGCAAAGGGAACCACAGGAUUUGAAGCACAAAUUGAUAAGUGCUUGGAACUUGCAGAAUACCUAUACAAUAAAAUAAAGAACAGAGAAGGGUAUGAAAUGGUGUUUGAUGGAAAGCCUCAGCACACAAACGUCUGCUUCUGGUAUAUACCUCCCAGCUUGCGCAGUAUGGAAGACAAUGAAGAAAGAAUGAGCCGCCUUAUGAAGGUGGCACCAGUGAUAAAAGCCCGGAUGAUGGAGUACGGCACGACCAUGGUGAGCUAUCAGCCCCUGGGUGACAAAGUGAACUUCUUCCGGAUGGUCAUCUCAAACCCUGCAGCAACUCACCAAGACAUUGAUUUCCUGAUUGAUGAAAUAGAACGCCUGGGACAAGAUUUAUAAUAAUUGGAUGUGAAAGUCUGUUCCUGGACCUCUAAGUAGACAAUUAAGUUGUCACAAACUGUGCGAAUGUAUUUGUAGUUUGUUCCAAAGUAAAUCUAUUUCUAUAUUGUGGCGUUCGAGUAGAGUACAGUUUAAAAUCAAGAAACAUGGCUCCUUUAAAGUACUUUCCUGAGUUUUAGAAUACCUCCUUAAUAAUUAGCUGCACAAAAAGCUGCAUUGAAACAAAUAAGGAAGAACAGAAGAUACUUAAAACUUUAUCCCCAGUUUAAACACAGCAACUACUUUAAAUUAAAAGCAAUCAGAUUGUAUGACGCCAAAUUUGCCCAAAAUGAUGACAAAAUUAAAUUGGGGGAAGUGGGAGGGGGCGGUGAGAAGCAGAGUAUGCAAGCUGUAUGUUUAAAAGUGAAAGUAUUUUGCCUUUUUCGUAGUAUUAGAACAGAAUUUCUAAUUUACCUAUAGUAACAUUUCAAAUGUAUUUAAAUAGGUAUAGUUUUACAAAAGGAAAUAUAUAUAUAUUAAAAAAAUCCUAUUUUGUAAACUAUAUUUUUAUUUUAUAUGGGUUAUAAAACUGCAAGGACAGAAGCUGAAAAUUAACUAGGAUUCUUUUUCUUUUAAAGGAGGUGCCUCAAAUAUUUAUUACUGCUUAUUUUAAAAUACAAGCCCACAUACUACAUUCUU